AUGAGCGAUGAAAGUGAUGAUCUACAGAAUAUAAAUUCUGUUAUGUUUCCAGAGUCAUCACUAAAAAGACAAAAACCAACUGAUAGUGUUAGCACCAGUAGUCAAGUAAGAAAGAGUAAGAAAAAAACAGCUGCAACAUUAAUAAAAGAGGAUAUACACUCUCUCAUAGACUUUAUGUCUAGCAAAAGCACUGCUACAUCUCCUGCAAUUGAUGAGACAUCCAUCGAGAAGUGUAUUGGCAUGUUGGGACAAAUUACUGAUAUUCUAGCUGGGAGUGGAAUUUACAAGAGUUCAAACUCUAAUGACAUAGUAGAUCCUUAUCCAAAUUAUUCGUCAGAUGAUGAAGAUGAAGAAGAACUGGAGGAAAUACAGAGGGAGCAAGAUGGAAAGGAAUGGACUGCUUUAUGUCAAAUAGCGGGUAAAUUGAUAUUAAUUGUUUUAAAGGCGAUUUGUGAGCUUGCAAGAGAUAUAAUUAGACCACAUCAAAAUUAUAAUGAUAGUGCAGGAGCUCACAAGCCAUGUAAUGGUCGAUAUCUCCCUUUCUUUAGAGAUUGUAUUGGAGCACUUGAUGGCACACAUGUUAAAGCAAGAUUACCGCAAGGUCAAGAGAUACCAUAUAUUGGACGUAAAGGUUAUCCGACUCAAAAUAUUCUUGUUGUCGUAGAUUUUAAUAUGUGUUUUAUAUUUGCAUGGGCUGGGUGGGAAGGAGCAGCUCACGAUAGUUGUAUAUUUGGUGAGGCCCUUCGUAGACCAGAACUUAACUUUCCACGUCCAAUUGGAAAUAAGUAUUAUCUAGUUGAUGCAGGAUAUCCUCACAUGAAGGGAUAUAUGGCUCCAUACAAAGGAGAUAAUGUGAGAUAUCACCUAGCACAAUUCCGCCGCGGUGCAACAAGACAAUUGCGAGAACCAGAAGGCGAAUUGAAAAAUGUAACUAUUUGCAUUCUUCUUGUAGAAAUAUUAUUGAGCGGACAUUUGGGGUUUGGAAAGCAAGAUGGUCAAUUUUGCGAGACAUGCCUUUUUAUCACAUUGACACUCAAAGAGACAUCGUACUUGCUACUAUGGUCAUUCAUAACUAUAUCAGAAAGAAAUGCAAUAUGGAUGAUGCGUUCCGAGCAGCUGAGAAUGAGAGAUAUAUUCCAUCUAUUGAUCCUGAUGUUGGUACAUAUUUGAGAGCUAAUAACAAUAUAAAUGCGGAAAAUAUGGAAGAGCAAAGUGAUCUUGUUUGGAUGGGUCUUCGCGAUUUGAUUGCUAAUGAAAUUUGUGAAGCUUGAUACUUGUAGUUGUAUGAAUCUUUUAAAACACUAA